AAAACAGAAGACUGAACCAAAUUGGUGGUCGCUGGUCGGGGCUAAUCGGCGAGCCGGGGAGUAAACGAGAUCCCUCUCGUUUCCCUGUUUGCGUCAACAGGGGUCAGGAGAGCGAUCAUGGAACCGAGCACCAUCAACGACGAUUUCGCCGUCGGAUGCGUCCUCUCCAUUAGAACGACUUUCGGAGAGGAAAUCCAAGGGGAGGUUAUCACCUUCGAUCGACCAUCCAACAUCCUGGCGAUUCAGGAGGGUUCCAAGAGUGGUCCGCGUCAAAACAUUCGAUUGCUGAAGGCGAACUUCAUCAAGGAUUUCACUCUCUUGGGCCAAUCCGAAGACCCGCUUGAUGUGAAGAAGUGUGUCCUUGAUAUUAACGUUCUUCGAGCUAGAGAAGAAGCCGCGAUUAGACAAGCAGAACUUGACGCUGAGAGGAUCGGCAUUGGAGUCACAGCUGAAGCUCAGAGCAUCUUUGAUGCAUUGUCAAAAACGCUUCCAGUCCGUUGGGACAAAACUGUCAUCGUUGUCAUGAAUGAAGUGCGAGUAAGCAGCCCAUACCUUCCAGAGAACGUCAGUGGAGGAACUCCUGCUGCAAAUGAUCGAGUAAAGAAAGUGCUUGAGCUUGAGAGGAGAAGGCUGCAAGGGCGUAAUUUGGCACAGUGAGGCUUUUUAUUUUUCUUUUUUCCAUCUUUUCACCUCUUCUCGUAAUGUCAAAGUACAGUCUGCAGUACUGUUACAUUUCAUUGAGUAUUUAUGGUUCUGAUGAAUUUUGUACAUACUAAAUCAUCUUUGAAGAACAUCAAAAACUUUGUUGUACUAA